AAUCUGGGCAGCGCGGGGCGGAGCGUUGAGCGCCGGCCAGGCUUUGCAUAGCAGGCUUUAAAGGCACCUGCAGGCUUUAAAGGCACCCGUGAAGCUGCAGUGCUUAGACCGACCGCGAGGACCGUCGUCAUGCAUCGUGUACCGCUGCUGGUGGUGCUGGGCUUGUUGCUCUUGGGUCCCGCUGCUCCUGCACGGCUCGGCCCGAAGCGCCCUUCCCGAUUCAGCAGCUUCUCCUGGGAUAACUGUGAUGAAGGAAAGGACCCUGCAGUGAUCAAAAGCCUGACGCUCGAACCUGAUCCCAUUGUCGUUCCUGGAGAUGUGAUUGUCAGUGUUGAGGGCAAGACCAGCGUCCCCCUCACUUCUCCUCAGAAGGUGGAGCUCACGGUGGAGAAGGAAGUGGCUGGCUUCUGGGUCAAGAUCCCUUGUGUAGAACAGCUAGGCAGCUGUACCUACGAGGACUCCUGUCAACUGUUGGACGAAUACUUCCCCCCUGGAGAGCCCUGCCCGGAGCCCCUGCACAGCUAUGGGCUGCCCUGCCACUGUCCCUUCAAGGAAGGCACCUACUCACUGCCCACAAGCAACUUCACAGUGCCUGACCUGGAGCUGCCAAGCUGGCUGAGCACCGGAAACUACCGCAUCCAGAGUGUCCUGAGUAGCCAUGGGAAGCGCCUGGGCUGCAUCAAGAUGGCUGUCUCUCUCAAGGGUCGAUAGCCUGGUGACAGCCACCACAGAAUGAAGGGGCACCAGGAAGACAUUGCCUCUUCUUCUGUGUUCCAGGACCCAGACAUGCCCGCCUCCAGCUCCAUUCUCCUACAGUUCUACCCUCUCUGCAAAUCACUAUGCAAUCUGACCCGAGGGAAGAUGAUGGACCAGAUGGGUCCUGACAUCUGGGCUGUGAGCUGUGCUCUUUCCCACCCCUAUGGCUUCCUAAGAGUUUCUUUCCUGUCCAAAACAGUUAAGGAAUGGGAACCAACAUGUUUGGGGAAUCUUAAGUUUAAGUUCAAACUGACCCAACCUUGGCUUCCUGAAGUUAUCCUCCCCCCCCCCCCACACACACACCUUUUUUAGUCUCCAACUUAAAACCAGAAUAACCCUGUUAACCUUUCUCAUUCCACCCUAAACUUCUCCUCCUACAAAGAGGCCUAGAUAAUCUUAGUCUGCCCCCCCCAUUAGCUUCCAUGAUUAAUUGCAUUCUCUUCUCAGCUUGCCUAGCUAACACAGGGGCUGAUGGAUCCACUAGAGGCAGGGUGGUGUGUGGCAGAAACCCCGUGGGAGUUAUGAUGGACAAGCUCCAUUAAGCUCUGUAAAAGUCCAGGUGCCUGCAGGGCCAAGCAGAAGAUCUAGGGAGCUGAGGCAAUCGCUUCCAGGCAUGGCUUUCACUUUUCCUUUUUGGCAGGUUACACAUACAAGGAAUGGAUGACAUUCCUUAUAUCAGACAAGAACUAAGACCCCAAAUCCAAUAGCACAGGUGUGCUGGUGCCAGAUGGCCAGGACCAGUAAGUGCCAUGUAAAGAAUGUUUCCUGACAUUCACAGUAUUUCCCCCCCUUAGGCCCCAAACCCAGAUUUUUAUAUGAAAUCUUAGAAUUUUUAACUGUUGGUAACAAUUUUUUUUUUAUAAACUGUAUAAGCUUAAGGGGCCACAUGGGAUUUGUCUGGGGGCUGUCUGGCUCACGGGUGGCCGUUUUCUUACAUCUUCUCAGUCUCAAGUUAUCUGGCAUCAUCUCUUCCCUCUUCAGGAUCAGGUCCAUGGUGUCUGCCCUCAGCCAGCAUUAGAGCAGGGCCAGGUGGCCUCUGAGAACUGGGCCCUGUGCCAGCCUCAGAGCACAUCACUGUCAGGGUAUAGGGGUUCACACUGGAGUGGGUCCCCCAGAAGCCACCAUGUGGAACAGGAGUCCCACGAAGAGAGUGGACCCCACAUCAGGUUGCACCAUGACAACUUCCCGAGCCUUGGGCAGCCCAGGCUAUGGACUGGAAGCCUAGGCUGACAAUAAACCUUUUUAACUUGC